AAUAACACAUUCGUUAAAGUACCCAUAUAUUUCCCUUUGAUUUCAUGUCAAUGGAGACCACCGAUAAACCUCCACAGUCGUCACUCUCCUUACCAUGGAAAGCACGCAUUACUCUUUCCGUCCUCUCCACUGUCAUUGACGCAGCUUGCCGGAAAAACGGCACAAUCAACCGUCCUAUUCUCACCUUAGUCCACUUCCGGAUCCCAUCGAUGUCAAAAUCAAUCAAUGGCGUCGCUUCACACGAUGUCAUUGUAGAUAAGACUCGUAACCUUUGGUUCCGAGUCUACAUACCUACACAACACGCCGGUGAAGAUCUCCCAGUGAUCGUGUACUUUCACGGAGGCGGAUUUAUCAUGCUCUCCCCCCAUGUUUUUCCUUACGACGCCAUGUGCCGCCGCUUCGCGAGAAAAGUACCAGCUGUUGUUGUUUCUGUGAACUACCGCCUUGCGCCGGAGCAUCGGUAUCCGGCCCAACAUGAUGAUUGCUUCGAUGUGCUGAAGUUUCUUGAUGAUGAAGAGAAUAGGUCUAAAUCUUUGCCGGAAAAUGCGAAUCUGUUGCGUUGCUUUCUUGCUGGAGAUAGCGCCGGUGGAAACUUAGCCCAUCAUGUUGCUCAACGAGCCUGUGAAUUCAACUUCCGACGACUCAAGGUCACCGGAGUUGUAGCAAUUCAACCAUUCUUUGGCGGCGAGGAGCGAACGGACUCUGAGGCUCGCUUCGCCGGAACACCAAUAGUUUCAGUUAAACGAACAGAUUGGAUGUGGAAGGCAUUUUUGCCAGAAGGAGAAGGGUUCAAUCGGGACCACCCAAUCAUCAACGUUAGUGGCCCACAGGCGGUGGACAUAUCGGAAAUAAAACUGCCGCCGAUCAUGUUGGUGGUCGGCGGGUUCGAUGCCCUAAAUGACUGGCAAAAAAGGUACUAUGAGUGGCUGAAAAAGUCCGGGAAAGAAGUUUAUUUGGUAGAGUACCCAAAUGUGUGUCAUGCUUUCUAUAUCUUUCCGGAAUUGCCUGAAUCUAGACAACUUAUUGCCCAAAUGAAAGAUUUCAUUCACAAGGUAUCGAGUAAUGUUGCCCCCAAAUGGACAAAUUAAAACUUUGGUUAAUAAGUCGUCUCAUUACAUACCAAUAAAUAGUUGUACCAAAAGCAUAUUAUAUUGUAGAAUUUGA